AUGGCCACCGUGCAGCGCCACCCGCGCAGCGCGGCGCGGCGGCGGCUGCUCGUCGCCUUUAUCGCCGCGCGGGUGAUUGCAUCACUCCGCAGGCUCGUGGUCCGCAACAGCGCCCUGCGUCGGCAGCUAUCGGGCGUGCUAUUCAAGCGCUCGGCGCGCUUUCCAAUCUUCUACCCCCCGUGCGACUGCAAGCUCGAGGCGCGGGCCUUCAUCGUCGGCGGAGUGGCGCUUCCGCUCCACUCGAUCCGAGGGAUCACGGUGUCGGACGAGGCGCGGCACGAGUUUGAGCUGCACACGACGGGGCCAACGUACGAGCUGCGCGUGCCCAACGGGUCGCGCGACUUCGAGUCCUGGGUCGUCGGCCUCCGCGCCGUGAUCGCCGAGAAGAGGAGAGGCCUCGCGCUGGCGGGCGGCAACCGGCGAGCCGGCCGCGCGGGCAGCGCCGCGCCGCCGCCGGCGACGUCGGACGCCGACGUGGAGGAAGGGUGGGGGUGGCGCGCCCCCGAGUCGGGCCUGGCGCCUCAGCAGCUAGGGCGCCGAAACCGGGGGUCGCCGCCCAGGGGAGGGCCCGCGCCCGCGUCUCGCGUGCCCGCGCCCUCCGCAUCCGCGCCGCCGCCGCCGCCGGUUGUCGCGGCGCAGCGCGGCAGCGGCUGGAAGCCGUUUAGUCCCGAGCUGUCGCGCGGUGGCCGGCCCGCCUUCUUCCUGCCGCUGCACAGGCCCGGCGAUCUCCCCAACAGCGGGUGGACGCUGGACCGCGAGGCCCGCAACUCGCCGGCGCCCUCCUUUGCGGGCGGGCGCGGCGGCUGCUGCCGCGGCCCUGGGCGCUAG